GAGACAGCAGCCACUAAGCUGUGCAAGGUUUUCUUUUCCUUUUUUUUCUUUUUCUUUUUUUUUCCUUUUCUUUUUCUUUCCCUUCUGUUUUCUUUGCCUUCUUUUUUUCUUUUUCUUUCUUUUCUCUCCCCUUUUUCUUUAAGGUGGGGAAGGAGACAAAUGAGACAGGAAGCUGAUCUACAAGGAUUCGGAGUUGUUCUAAAAGGACUUUGAUUUUUUUCCCCCUUUACAAACGCUGGCGAUUGACAUCACUACAGACAGCCUAGUUAGAGAACAAACUGCCUCUUCACAAGUGCACCCAGCGGCUUGGAGAAGCCGGCAAGACCUGGGGAGGCUGUUGGGGGGGGGGUUCCACACAUCUCACUCCCCAUCCUUUUUUUUCUUUUUUCUUUUGGUGUGUGUUUUUGUUUUGUUUUGUUUUGUUUAAAUUCUUGCCGUGCUGGAACUAGCGAGUGGUGGAGUCUCCGAAGCCUCAUCAGUCAUCCGGACUGUCAGGAAUAGUGGAUUAAGAGGAAGCUCGGCCUGGGGCACUAUACCCUGUCAUCCAGUUCCCUGUCUCGGAGAUCAAGAUUCCAGCUACAUGGGCAAACGCCUGGAUCAGCCACAAAUGUACCCCCAGUACACUUACUACCAUCCUCACUAUCUCCAAACCAAGCAGUCCUAUGCACCAGCUCCCCACCCCAUGGCUCCUCCCAGCCCCAGCACAAACAGCAGCAGCAACAACAGCAGCAGCAACAGCAGCGGGGAACAGUUGAGUAAAACCAACCUGUACAUUCGAGGCCUCCCACCAGGCACCACUGACCAGGACCUCAUCAAGCUGUGCCAACCAUAUGGGAGCAGCGUAUUUCAUGUGCUUCACUCAACUGAGGGCAUUCUGGGCAAACAGAAGCUGAGGAACCGCAGACCCCAGGCUAGUGCCAAGGCAGAAGUGAGCCACAGCUUUCAGAGAGGUGGCGCCAUUCCUGAUCCUGGUCUGUCCUCUCUGUGGCUCUAUCAGCAACCUGGAAAG